UUCCACUUCGCGGUAACGUCAUAUGUUGCUACGAUACGAACAAAGACUAUUGAUUCUCUUCACAGCCACUCUGGAUGAUCUCGCAUGAUUUUGGUGCUUUGUACAAUGCUUUACCGUUCAGAUAUUCAUCAUCCUCGAAGACACAGAACUCGGUUUUUGGAUAUAUCUUGAAGACGACAUUGCUUGCAGUUUUUGGCUCACUAUAACCGCUUUGCCAGGGAUGGUUGAUACAAACAGUUCCUUCCAUACAACACGCGCAUCGCCUCGUUCACCGACCUCAAUGAUUUCACGUCCCGGCCUCGAUCUCAGCACUAUCCCACCAAUCGCAAUCUUAACAGCGCAUCUAAAGGACGACGAGGAACGGCAGCUUAAAGAAACAUUGCACAGAUUCAAUGCGCCACUCACCACGGACGUCUCGAGAGCGAAAGUGUUCAUCGGCAAAGUUGGGACGAAGAGACGAGCGGAGUUUGAGCUGAGAUCCCGCAAGCUGAGAAUUGGGGAGAUCGUCACGCCCAAACGACCAGCAAGUCCAGUAAAGACGAGCGGUCCUCCGAACAAGAGAAGGCGGGUUUCUGGUAGAGUUUUGGGAUCUACACUGGCGCAAGAGGGGGACUCGGAAACUGAAGACGAGGAUGUAGAAGGCACAGAGAUCGAAAAUGAAGCGCUCGCUGGGAGACAGGGUCGGGUCGUGUCUUCGUCUCCAACAUCUGACGCCGAAUUUACUUCUUUGCUGGACGUCUUCGAGGAUCGAACAGAGGAUGACAUCGUUUGGGUGAUCAAGCUCAAUUGGAUAGAGACUUGUGUAUCGGAGGGCCACUUGGUUCCCCUAGGUGAUAACCUAGUCUACAAAGCUCGAGUGCUGGAACGUCCAAAGUCUAAGAACACAAAAUCCAUCAAGGCUAUCUUUUCUGCGGUAGCCAAAACAGUGCCGGUCACCCAGACUCAGACGGCCACACGUCCGCUUCCUGCGCAGAAUAUUUUGGACAGGGCGAAGUCAGACGCGUCUACAGCUGCGCCGACAUCGAAGUACAAGCCCCAACGCUUUGGAAACCACGCCUCACGCCGCUUCGAAGGCAAAACUUUUGCAUCGUCUACACAGCCGGCUAUCCCGUCAUUCGCCGCACAAACAGCCCAUUUGCUACAGAAGACGACGAGCGAGUACGAAGGUGUGGAUAGUGAUACACCCCAGCCGCCUGACUGGGUCAAGAAGAACCUCAAGUACUCAUGCCAACGCUUCACACCAGCCAACGGACCUAACGAAGACUUCAUCGAACAGCUCAAGAAGAUCCGCACCGCCAGAACACUCAUCGACGACGAUGUCGGCGUCCGCGCGUACUCUUCCAUCAUCGCCGCCAUUGCAGCAUAUCCACAUAAGCUCAGCCACCCCCGUGAACUGGCCCAACUACCAGGAUGCGAUGAAAAGAGUGCAGUCCUAUUCGUCGAGUGGAAGAACACGGGCAAAAUCCAAGCCGUCGAGGACUUUGAAAACGACGAAGCAAUGAAGAUCCUACGCUCUUUCUAUGACAUCUGGGGCGUCGGCGCGAAGACAGCGCGCCAUUUCUACUACCAAAACCACUGGACUGACCUCGACGACAUCAUCGAGUUCGGCUGGAACGAUCUCGACAGAGUGCAGCAGAUCGGCGUCAAAUACUACGACGAAUUCCUCGUCCCGAUCCCGCGCCCAGAAGUCGAGCAUAUCGCCUCCGUCGUUCGCGAACACGCGGUCCGCCUGCGCGACGAACGCAUCACAGUCACCAUCGUGGGUGGUUACCGGCGCGGCAAAGCUGCAUCCGGGGACGUGGACCUGAUCGUUUCGCACCCCGACUUGGAAUGCACAGCAGGGCUUGUCAAGGAGAUUGUCGAGUCCCUGGAACAGACAGAGUGGAUCACACAUACGCUGACCAUGAGCUUGAAGAACACGCAUCGCGGUCAGCAAACCCUGCCUUUCCGCUCUGCAAAAGGUGCCGGAGCGGGCUUCGACACGCUGGACAAGGCGCUCGUCGUUUGGCAGGACCCCACAUGGCCGGGUCGACAUGAAGAUGCGGAUAAAAAGAAUCCGAAUAUACACCGCCGCGUCGACAUCAUCGUCGCUCCGUGGCGGACUGUGGGCUGUGCCGUCUUGGGCUGGAGUGGCGGGACCACGUUCCAGCGUGAUCUGCGCCGGUAUGCGAAGGCGGUCAAGGAAUGGAAGUUCGAUAGUAGUGGGGUUCGGAGUAGAGGUGAUGGCGAGGUUGUUGUGCUUGAGGGGCCAGAGGGCGUGAGUGGGACGCCGGAAGAUGCUGAGAAGGUGGUUUUUGAGGGGUUGGGACUGGAGUUUGUUCCGCCUGAGUAUCGGGUUACGUAUUGAUUGGUGUUGGUGUUGCUGUAGAGGUUGUUUUCGUGGGAGUAUGUGCAUAUGGAAGUCGGAUAUGCAUUGGAAUUCUUCUCGUAUUGACGAGGCAUGUUCAGCCCUAUUUUUUGGACGUUGGGCUAUACGUUAGUCAGUUAGAAUAGCAUGUGCUUGUUUAAGUUGUGUGCUGGUCAGUGGAAGCAUUCAUUGUCUGAGAAAAUAGCACAAAUGUAC